AUGAGGAACAACGGCUAUCAUGGAAACCAAAACCAAAACAAUCAGUACCAUCAUCAGAACAAUUCGGCCCAGUGUCAUCAAAAUCAAGGAUAUCCGGAGCCAGUGAUCGAGCAAAUCGUUGAAAGGACAAUGUUGUUGGCUAAAGGACAGAUGAAACGACUCCGAGCCGUUUUGGAUGAACGUGUCGAGAUUCACGGACGUGGAAAUUUCCCAACGAUUUCUGCUCGAUUGGUUGACUUGAUUCGGUGUCUUCGGCAAUGUUUGGGAUCAGUAGAUGUUCGUGCUAGAGAUGUCCGUUUGAACGGUGGUGCUGCCUCGUUCGUUGCCUCUUCCGAAGACUUUACAUAUGCCGAUCUCGACUUGAUAUUCCCGAUUCAAAUAGACAAUGAAGGAGACGAAAAUGCGCAGAAAAUCAUAUUCGACUCGAUUCGCGACGCAGUUUUCAUGACAAUCCGAGAGCUGAUGCCAGAUAACAUCGGAAAGGAGAAAUUUGAUUUCGAGACUCUCAAGGAUGUUUAUAUUCGGAAAAUGAUCAAAGUCUCUGGCGACAAUGACACAUGGUCGUUGUUCUCACUGAACAACGAAUACGGACGGUGCAUUGAAUUGAAGUUUGUGAAUAAGAUGAAGAGACAAUUCGAGUUUUCGGUUGACUCAUUCCAAAUUCAUUUGGAUCCACUUCUCGAUGAUAUUGAUGGAGUUGAACUGAAGAAAGUAACAAUUGAGAGCAUGUAUGGAGAUGUUCAUCAAGCAAUGACACAUCUUCACGAGAGAUUGAUUGAUACUGUCAAACCGGAAGAGAUUCGUGGAGGUGGUCUUCUCAAGUAUUGUCAUCUCAUCAUCAGAGGAUACAAACCAGCCAAACCAUGGAAUUGUCAAAAGUUGGAGAAAUACAUGUGUUCCCGAUUCUUCAUCGACUUCCCAGAUUUGAUCUCGCAAGAGAACAAACUCCGCAACUAUUUGGAUUCUCACUUCGGAACCUCAUUCAACGGAGUGACAUACGAUCAAUGGUCGUCAUCUGGAUCGGAUACUGACUCGGAAGCUUCUACUUCUCAGGCAACAACAUCUUCACUUCUUGUCACUGGACAAGCCAAAUACGACUUCUUGAUGCUUUUGUAUCGAGUUAUCAACGAGAGCACCGUUUGCUUAAUGGCUCAUGAAAGACACAUGACAUUGAAUAUGAUUGAUCGAGUUGCAUUCCAGCUUUCAAUGCAAUGCUACCCACCACCAACCUUCUCAUCUGGCUCAUCAACUCCUCCACGAACGACUCUUUUCUAUUUGCCUCCAGACGCUGCCACGUGGAUCCCAGUCAUCUGA